GGCCCCAUUAACGGGUGACCCGCAGGCUCCUGUCCCGGGUCUGAGGGCGCUGCUCCCGCUCCCCUCGCGAUCCGGGUCUCUCCUCCCCCAGAGCCUCCGGACUCCCUCCAGCCGGGGAGCCGCCGCCGCCGCUUCCUGCGCGACCCCGGCCCCGCGGCCGCAGCUGCUUUCCGGAGGCCGAGGAGGUGGGGACCCGUGUCUCUCGGGGCGCUCACAGAAAGAAGAGCCCAUGGAGCUGCAUGCAGAAUGCAGGUCUCAGGUGUGGUGCAGGGAGAACUGGGGACCUAGGGCAACCAUCUUGCACAUCCAUAAACCACAAGUAAGGAUUUCAACAGCUCUCACUGGUGUGUGGAGCAAACAUUCAUCUGCUUCCAAACUGCCCAGUGCUCUGCUUCCACUCCCAUGCCUCUACCUGACGUGGCUUCUUGGGCUCAGAGACGACAUUCUCUUAGACUUCUGGAGGCUGGAGAAGGAAAUGGACUCAGUAUUCGUUGAGGAUGUGGCUGUGGUCUUUAGCCAGGAAGAGUGGACUUUGCUGGAUCUUGCUCAGAGGAAACUCUACAGAGAUGUGAUGAUGGAAAACUUCAGAAACCUGGCUUCAGUAGUCUCUCGAAACCUUAUUGAAGGGGAAAAGUUAUCCAGUGAACACAUAAUGGUGCGAUUUAUGAAGAAUAACACCUGGUUCUCCAUGUUAGGAGAAAUCUCCGAAUCGCAUGGCAGUAAAGAUCAGCAUAAGAACCAGAGGAGAUAUUUGAGGUCUCAGGUGUGGUGCAGGGAGAACUGGGGACCUAGGGCAACCAUCUCGCACAUCCAUAAAUUGCAAGUCAGGAUUUCAACAGCUCUGACUGCUGUGUGGACCAAACAUUAUUCAUCUGCUUCCAAACUGCCCAGUGCUCUGCUUCCACUCCCAUCCCUCUUCCUGACGUGGCUUCUUGUGCUUAGAGACAACGUUCCCUUAGAUUUCUGGAAGCUGGAGAAAAAAAUGGACUCAGUGGUCAUUGAGGAUGUGGCUGUGGUCUUCAGCCAGGAAGAGUGGGCCUUGCUGGAUCUUGCUCAGAGGAAACUCUACAUAGAUGUGAUGAUGGAAAACUUCAGAAACCUGGCCUCAGUAGUCUCUCAAAAUCCUAAUGAUGUAGAAAAGUUAUCCAGUGACCAUGUAAUGGUACAAUUCAUGAAGAGUAAAACCUGGUUCUCUAUGUUAGGAGAAAUCUCUGAAUUGCAUGGCAGUAAAGAUCAGCAUAAGAACCAGAGGAGAUAUUUGAGAAUCAAUACAGUAGAGAACCUCUGUGAAAGUAAAGAAAGCAAUGAGAGUGGGGAAACCUUCAGCCAGAUUCUAAAUCUUACUGUGCUAAAAAGAAACCUUCCAGAAGUAAAUCCUUUUGAAUGCUGUGAGUGUGGAAAAGCCUUCAUGGAUCACUUAUCACAUAAGCAUCCUACCAGAUCUCACACUGGAUGCAGUGCCUGUCAGUGUAAGGAAAGUGGAGAAGCCUGUAGUUGUCCCUCUCACCUAACCACUUCUAUGAGAACUCUUAGUGGAAAGAAACCCCAUAAAUGUAAGGUAUGUGGGAAGGACUUCAUUUCUAUCUCAACGCUUAAGAAUUCUGUAACAACACUCACUGGUGAGGAAAACCAUGAAUGUAACGAAUGCGGGAACCAUUUCUGUAGUUUCUCAUCCUUUUGGACACGUGUGAGAGGUCAUAAUCAAGAAUGUAAAGAAUGUUUUAAAACUUGUAGUCUUCCUUCAUCCCUCAUUUUACAUAAAAAAUUUCAUAACAGAUAUACGCCUUAUAAGUGUAAGGAAUGUGGGAAAGCCUUUAGUGAGGCCUCAUCCCUCACUCAGUAUAUAAGAACUCCCAGUGAAGAGAGGCCUUAUGAAUGUAAGGAAUGUGGGAAAGCCUUUAGUCAAGCCUCAUCCCUCACUAACCAUAUAAGAACUCACAGUGCAGUUAGGCCUUAUGAAUGUAAGCAGUGUGGGAAAAUCUUCAGACAUUCUGCAAACCUCACUACACACAUAAGAACUCAUCGUGGAGAGAAGCCUUAUGAAUGUAAGGAAUGUGGGAAAGCCUUUAGUCAUUCCUCAAAUCUCACUGCACAUAUAAGAACUCACAGUGGAGAGAGGCCUUAUGAAUGUAAGCAAUGUGGGAAAGCCUUUAGUCAUUCCUCAGCCCUUACUAAACAUAUCAGAACUCAUAGUGGAGAGAGGCCUUAUGAAUGUAAUCAAUGUGGAAAAGCCUUUAGUCAUUCCUCAGCCCUCACUACACAUAUAAGAACUCACAGUGGAGAGAGGCCUUAUGAAUGUAAGGAAUGUGGGAAAGCCUUUAGUCAUUCCUCACCCCUCACUAAACAUAUAAGAACUCACAGUGGAGAGAAGCCUUAUGAAUGUAAAGAAUGUGGGAAAGCCUUUAAUUGUUCCUCAACCCUUACGUCACAUCUAAGAACUCACAGUGGAGAAAAGCCUUAUAAAUGUAAGGAAUGUGGGAAAGCCUUUAGUCAUGCCUCAUCACUCGCUACACAUAUUAGAACUCACAGUGGGGUUAGGCCUUAUGAAUGUAAGGAAUGUGGGAAAGCCUUUAGUGAGGCUUCAACACUCACUAAACAUAUAAGAACUCACAGUGGAAUUAGGCCUUAUGAAUGUAAGCAAUGUGGGAAAGCCUUUAGUCAGGCUUCAUCUCUCACUUCACACGUAAGAAGUCACAGUGGAGAGAAGCCUUAUGAAUGUAAGGAAUGUGGGAAAGCCUUUAAUUGUUCUUCACACCUCACUUCACAUAUAAGAAUUCACAGUGGAGAAAAGCCUUAUAAAUGUAAGAAAUGUGGGAAAGCCUUUAGUCGUUCCUCACAUCUCACUUCACAUAUAAGAACUCACAGUGGAGAGAGGCCUUAUGAAUGUAAGGAAUGUGGGAAAGCCUUUUGUGAUUCCUCAACCCUCACUACACAUGUAAGAAUUCACAGUGGAGAGAGACCUUAUGAAUGUAAAGAAUGUGGAAAAGCCUUUAGUCAUGCCUCUUCCCUCACUAAUCAUGUAAGAACUCACAGUGGAGAGAGGCCUUAUGAAUGUAAGCAAUGUGGGAAAGCCUUUAGUCAGUCAUCAGCCCUCACUACACAUUUAAGGACUCACCGUGGAGAAACUUACGAAUGUAAGCAUUGUGGGAAAGACUUUUGUGAUUCCUCAGCCCUCACUACACGUAUAAGAACUCACAAGCAGAGGCCUUAUGAGUGUAAGGAAUGUUAGAAAGCUUUUAGUUAUUUCUCAUCAGUCACUAAAUUUGUAAGAACUCACAACGUACAGGGGCUAUAUGAAUAUAAAGAAUGUGGGAAAGCCUUUAGUCAUGCCUCAUCUCCAGACUACAUGUAUAAGAACUCACAGUAGAGAGUCUUUAUGAAUGUCAGAAAUGUGGGAAAGCCUUUAGUGGGG